UAUGACGUCAUCCCUGCGGGCGGCGGUGCGAGGCAUGGCUACCUUCGGCUUAACGGUCGUCCGGCAUGGGGAAACAAGAUACAACAAAGAGAAGAUAAUGCAAGGUCAAGGCGUGGACGAGCCUCUCUCAGACACUGGAUUCAAGCAAGCCAGGGCAGCUGGAAUGUAUCUCCAUCACACCAGAUUUACUCAUGUGUUCACCAGUGAUCUGCUCCGGGCAAAGCAGACCACAACCUUAAUUCUUGGGAACAGUCAGUGCUGCAAAGAGAUUCCUGUUAAAUGUGAUGCCCGCCUUCGAGAACGGAAAUACGGAGUGGCAGAAGGGAGGCCUCUCAGUGAUCUGAAGACCAUGGCUAGAGCUGCUGGGGAGCAGCACCCCUCUUUUACACCUCCUGGAGGGGAAACACUGGAUGAAGUAAAAGCCCGUGUCAAGGAUUUUUUUGAAUAUAUUUGCAAUCUUGUUGCCCAGGAGACAUGUCUAGAGAAGCAAGUUUCUCCAAGGACAGAAGGAAACAAUGCUGAAAUGGCAAAAGGAAGUUCUACCACUUCAUUGCCAAACCACAACGGUGGACUGGAAUUUGAUUCUAAUUCCGAAGGAGCUGCAGGAGGUCUUGCAGCCAACAUCCUGGUUGUGAGUCACGGGGCAUACAUGAGAAACUGGGCUGGCUAUUUCAUUUCAGACCUGCAGUGUACUUUGCCAGCCUCUUUGACAAAGGCUGAGUUGUCUUCGGUUACUCCCAAUACUGGGAUGAGUCGGUUCAUUGUAAAAUUGGACAUGAGAGAGAACGUUAAACCUAAAAUCCAUUGCAUUUUUCUCAAUAGAAGCGAUCAUUUACAUGACUUAAGUGACAGCUGAAAGCAUGCAGCUGUAAAAGUUACACAUACAUAAUGUAUUUAUGCGCUGUAUGGAAUAAUAAUUUUUUAAAUUAUGUUUGAGACAUGGCAUGUUGGAAAGAAUUUUCUGCUAAAGAAUUUAAAAACCCAUUUUUCUUCUGUCUGUCUUUGCCUGUCCAUCCUUCUUGAAAAAGACAAGAAAGCAGCAUUGGCUGGUGGGAAAGGUUAUCUUCUGGAGAAGCUUCUGGAAGUAAUAGCUGUUUUAUAAACUCUCCUUGAGCCUUGAAGGAAGGGGCAGAAAUUGAAUACUGCAUAUAAAUCAACAGGUGACCUUUAGAUGAUUUAAUCAGGGUCAGACUGUGGGCCAGAGCAUAAUCUAGCUUCCUGUUUUAGGAGUAGGCCGCUGAAAAGGUGGGACUGGUUUCCCCUGGUCAACGGAACGUUUGGGAUGAUCCCAGCAGAGGGCUGAGAGACAGCAGUUCUGCCUAAGAAAUAGAGCUGCUGCUUAAGUGUCAUAGGAAAAAAAAUCCUGGUUCCUGUUUUAAUAAAUUUAAGUAACUUGGUUAACUUAGAUAACUUUAGUAACUAUUUUUUAAAAAAUAGGAGAUAGCCAGAUCUGAUCCCUGUGAAAAUCUUCUGCCCCAGUCCAUCUGUGCUGAUGCACCCUAAUGUGCUAACGGGAUACCAGUUUGUUUUAGGAGAACUUGCACAAGGGAGCUCCUGGUGGACUGUGCCUUGCGUUAAUUACAAGAUCCCCUUUGCCAGUGAAUAAUCGUGCAAUAUAUACCUGAUUUAAAAAAAUCAUACUAUAGAACCAGGGCAUCUUCUAAACCUUUUCUAUUGUUUUGAUAUACAAUGAAGGGGGAGCAUAAGUAAGAAUGAAGUUGGACCUUCCAUCUUAUUUUUGACAACAUAGCAACUUAAAAAACAGAAUCAGAUAAUUCAGGGGCUAGCGGUGUGGUUCUUCAACCAAUACUCUGCAGAUGCUACUGAGAAUUAAAACAAUUGCGCACUUUUUGUCACCUUCUCUUGGCCAGUAAAGCUAUUGCUCUAAUGGGAA